AACAACAACAACAACAACAACAACAACAACAACAACAACAACAACAACAACAACAACAACAACAACAACAACAACAACAACAACAACAACAACAACAACAACAACAACAACAACAACAACAACAACAACGACGCUAACGACGACAACGACAACAGCAACGACAACAACAACAACAACAACAACAACAACAACAACAACAACAACAACAACAACAACAACAACAACAACAACAACAACAACAACAACAACAACAACAACAACAACAACAACAACAACAACAACAACAACAACAACAACAACAACAACAACAACAACAACAACAACAACAACAACAACAACAACAACAACAACAACAACAACAACAACAACAACAACAACAACAACAACAACAACAACAACAACAACAACAACAACAACAACAACAACAACAACAACAACAACAACAACAACAACAACAACAACAACAACAACAACAACAACAACAACAACAACAACAACAACAACAACAACAACAACAACAACAACAACAACAACAACAACAACAACAACAACAACAACAACAACAACAACAACAACAACAACAACAACAACAACAACAACAACAACAACAACAACAACAACAACAACAACAACAACAACAACAACAACAACAACAACAACAACAACAACAACAACAACAACAACAACAACAACAACAACAACAACAACAACAACAACAACAACAACAACAACAACGACAACAACAACGACGCUAACGACGACAACGACAACAGCAACGACAACAACAACAACAACAACAACAACAACAACAACAUCAACAACAACAACAACAACAACAACAACAACAACAACAACAACAACAACAACAACAACAACAACAACAACAACAACAACAACAACAACAACAACAACAACAACAACAACAACAACAACAACAACAACAACAACAACAACAACAACAACAACAACAACAACAACAACAACAACAACAACAACAACAACAACAACAACAACAACAACAACAACAACAACAACAACAACAACAACAACAACAACAACAACAACAACAACAACAACAACAACAACAACAACAACAACAACAACAACGACGCUAACGACGACAACGACAGCAACGACAACGACAACAGCAACAACAACAACAACAACAACAACAACAACAACAACAACAACAACAACGACGCUAACGACGACAACGACAGCAACGACAACGACAACAGCAACGACAACAACAACGACAACGGCAACAGCAACGACAACAACAACGACAACGGCAACAGCAACGACAACGACAACAACAACGACAACGGCAACAGCAACGACAACAACAACGACAACGGCAACAGCAACGACAACAACAACAACAACAACAACAACAACAACAACAACAACAACAACAACAACAACAACAACAACAACAACAACAACAACAACAACAACAACAACAACAACAACAACUGCAACAACGACAACGACAACAACAACAACAACAACGACGCUAACGACGACAACGACAAUGACGAAAAUGACAACAACUACUACAACAACGAUAACAACGAUAACAAUGGCAACAACAAUAACAACAACAAUGAGAACGACGACAACAACAACGGCAACGGCAAGAACGACAACAGCAACGACAACGUAGUGGUAUACAGUUUGAUACAAACUGAAAAGAUGUUAAAACAGGUUCCAAUAAUGGGCACGUGGAAACAGGUAUCACAGCGCAUCAAAGUGUUAAGAGAUUCCGGAAAUAUAACAAAAAAGAGGGAUGAAAGGAACCGCCUGGAAAAGGUGCAAGAGCUCCUGUCCCUCACUGAGGUGAAGCAGCCUUUGGGUAGUCUCUCCUCAGGGGUUUACACCUACCCACGUGCCAAUUGGCUGGUCUCAUUCGGGAGGCUAGGGUCAAGCAGUCAUGCCGCCGUUGACACUUACACUGGUCCGCCUGCAGCCAAGCCAGGGAAGCCUCUGAUUUCCCCUCAGACGUUCUCCCUGAUUGAGAAAGGAGCACGAGCUGAACCAGCUGAAUCGGCUGCUGCCCCCACGAGCAAAGCCCAAAGCCGAAGGGGCGGACCGAAACGUCCGAGGCUGGAGACAGACUCUGAGGGAGAGUCUGGACCCCUAGGCUUCGAAAAUGCAUACCAACUGGUCAGGGCAUUGGAGAUGCAGCAAAAAAUCCGGGUGUCAAUCAGGGUUGCUAGAGACCAGGGCAUGAUCAUUAUGUUCAAAGACCAAGUUACCCUGAAUUUCCUGCAGGAUUAA